AUGUGCAAUGGCCAGAGGAUGACAGUUACGAAAAACUUGAUUGAGGCCAUGAGAUAUCUCCGUCCGCUUCCACGCUGGGACUCGGUCAUCACUUGGCCAGAAAAUCACCCUCUUCAUUCGAGUCGCAACGUUUGGCGCGAAUUCGCCUCUAAUCGGCAAGAAGAGCGAGGGCAUUCCGACUUUCAGCAGGAAAGGCCCAUCUGGAUCGACGCGCUCUGCAUCAACCAAAAGGAUAAUGCUGAGAAGUCGCUACAUGUGAAGUCGAUAGACAGGGUCUAUGCCAACGCCCAUACGGUCAAGAUAUGGCUAGGUAAAUUACCAAAUACCGCAUAUCCGACUAAUCGGCCACCUCCGGAAUUGCAACUACUAACAGGGGUACCCGUAUUCUUAACACAACGGAGCAAGCCCAUCGGUCAGCGCGGGAAGAUGCCGGUCGUCCUCACGAUGAUCGCACAAGCGUUGAGGAACGUCCAGGCCGGAGAGAUUUACCCUACGGCAUCAAAAUCUGCUGCAGAUGCCGUCUACCGGAAUUUAGUACACGGGUUUCCUAACGCGUCGGCUGAAGAUUGGCAGUACCUCCGCGAGUUCUUCGACAAUCUAUGGUUCCAACGUGUUUGGAUUGUGCAGGAAGUUGUUCUUGCUCCACGGGCGAUAGCUAUCUUAGGAGACUGGGAGGUUCAAUGGACAGCCUUGGGGCAAGCGGCCACGUGGUUUCAGACGCACGGCUUUGCGUUGCCUACUAACGUUGAAUUUAAGGGAGAGCUAGGAGACCUUCUGCCAAUAUCCGAAGUAGCCGCGAUGUGGCAUAUGCAUAUGACACCGGGGAAGAGACGGCCCUUACUUCAGAUGCUACGAGACCUUCGAGGGAGGAAAUCAACUCUCAAAGAAGACAAGGUAUAUGCAACCUACAGUUUAGCAGAAGAGACUGCAAAUACAGACAGGCUUGACCCGCUAAUCGAACCGGUCUACGGUAAUCCCAUCAAUGAAGUUUACCAGAACGUGAUUCGCUUCCUCCUGAUAGAACACGGGGAACUUUCGGCAUUAUCUCAUGCCGGUGGAAUCCAAGGGCUAAAAACCACAGCGUGGCCAUCUUGGGUACCAGACUGGAGUCAGCCAAAAGCAUGCGUUGAGUUGGUUAGCCAUAACCAGGAUAAUCCACCAUAUAACGCAAACAGUAAUGAACAUCUGACUAUUGGUGAUUCUACCGACCCAGGAUGUCUUUCCGUCAGGGGAAUUAGGGUUCCCCUGGGUGGAAUAAGAGUGUACGGGGAUAAACUUGUAAGCUACGGAUUCCGACACAGGACAUAUAAGGAAGAGCGUGAUUUUGUUGGAGCGGCCUGGAGUUUGAUAGCACCUUGGGCCGACAAUGUGAAUAGCCAGGAAGAGAGGAGGCCAGAUAUGUAUCAGCCAAAGAAUAUACCGCGCACAUUUAUUUCAACGCUCACGGCAGGCCUCAGCGAUACGAAACAGCCGAUCAACGAGGAUCCUGACUUCCUCGAUGAUGCAGCACAAUGGCUACUUCAGCAGUUCGGGAAGCGAAUACCAGUUUCAGGAAUUGGCCAAAAAUGGAAGUGGUCAGAUACUCUUUGGAAGUCUUCGAGUUCAAUCCGGUUCCACGAAGCCUUUGCAAGGGUUUGCUUGCAUAGACGGUUUUUCGUCACGGCAGGAAAUUUGAUGGGGAUAGGUCCCGAAACAAUAGAAAGGGAUGAUAUGGUCGUGAUCCUAUUUGGUGGUAAAGUGCCUUAUGUAAUUCGGGAGCUCGGUGAGGGCAAAUAUUCUUUCAUCGGAGAGUGUUAUGUCCCCGGGUUGAUGGCCGGGGAGGCUGUUGAGCAAUGGAAAGACGAGCGAGAGCCAGGCAGAGUUUUUCAAUCUUGUGUAGGUAGGGAACUUUUUUGCAGCUCGUUCGAUGCUCUUGGUAACCCCCGCUCUUCGUAUUCGUUCAAGUAA